ACGCAGCACAAGGCAGAGAAAACAAUCGAAUGCAGCGCGCGUCACAAACAAACCAACACAAACGCACGCCUACACACAUUAGUCAAAAUCGCGUUUAUAUGAAGACGGACGUGGCGAGGUGUGGGUUUCGUGGCUCUUUGUGUGCCGGUGUACGAAUAAAUGCCGGUUUGUGACAGCUACUGUGACGGGUACGCUGGAAUACGAAAUUUGUGAAUUGCAAAUUAAAUAGCGCAAUCGAAGGCAAAGUACAUAAAUAAAUAAAUAAUUGAGUGAUGUGUAAAGAAGGCCAAAGUUAUCAAAGUGAAGCAGAUUAAUUGUGGACAGGGAACGCGUUGAUAGUGAUGAAGUGGGCUAUUCAACGCCUAAUGACCGCACUUUAAGUGGCAGAGUGGAGUAAUAAGUAAAUAUUUUGCUCAGAAACCAACAACUUGGAAGCAAGAAUAAUAAAUAAUAAAGAAUGCUAUGCAAAACGCCAAUAAAAUGAGCUAAACCCGAUAUAUGUUAAUAUAACCAUAAUCUGCUUGCACCAUGUUUGCGUGUAUGUGCAACACGCACAGUUAUGACGUUCCGCUACGCUUCCAGCAAAAAAUGUCAUAACUGCGAUUUUGUGAGCCAACUCAACGUGGAUCGGCAUAACCGAAACAGAAGGUCGUGCUGUUUUUAGCCGCCGCAAAAGCACGCACCUCAACCACUAGGUGGUUUUACGUACCCGUUGCAUGACUGUCUGCUGUGCCGUCUUCAAACGGUAUGUGGAUUUAGCGUCACUUACGUAAGGACUUGCGAUAAAAAGUAGAAAAGCAGGUGCAGUGUGUCCCGCGUGGUCAUGUUGAGGCAGCCACAUUGCGACUGCUCAAAUUUCGUGGCGCGUCGUAAAUUCAAUUUGACAGUUUUUUCGGUGCGCGGCUCGAAGUGAAAUGCCCUGCUUCUGCGUGAUUGUAACGAAAGACACACGCACAUGCAUUUAAAGUGAGCGUUCAUAUUGGUGUUUGUGAGUUGCUACCAUUGUGAUGGACUAUACGCACCGCUGCUCCUGAGUGCCCACGCUCAAAUAAAUAAAUGUGUAAUAAUCGAUUCAAUCUGUGUCGAGCACAAUUUAUCGUCGUAUGCUCCACUUCCACACGACUGCGACCGAUGCGUGUGAAGCACAACUAAAGCAAAAACAGUGAGUGAAUUACGUAUAUAUGUACAGAUAGUCGAAAAGGAACAUUUGCAGUGUGUGUGUGUGUGUGCAAAUACAUGUGUAUCUGUGUGUGUGUUUGACGCUAGCGUGACAAGCAAGCAGCUUAUGUGUUCAGCUCGUCACAUAAAAGGCUAUGAAAGCUUAAGUCUAACGCUAAGCCGCUAUCGUCUCACUUACACGAAAUUGGUUUAUUAAUAACACUACUACAAUCACUACAAGCGCGUUAGCUGAAAGCGACAAUAUCUGCAAGCAAUAUCAGUAAACUGAACUCUCGGGAUUAUAACGCUUUACUAAAGUAAAUACUAAAGCAACAACAAUCCGUGUGCUAUAAAAUUACGAAAAUAAAAAUAGAAAAACUAAUCAAGAAUAGUGCAGCAGUGAAUGGCGGAAACCAUGGCAGGAUUGUGGCUGAAUUUGACUUGCAAAAACUAAAUGGAAGUAAUUAACAUAUGACAACAUGUUCAGUCAAAUUGUGGUGAUUUUAGCGUUUUUUAUUUUAGGUUCUAACAUAAAAGUGGCCUCUGCUAUACUUAAUUGUAUUUUGGCGCGCCAGUUAUGUUUCGAAGACCCGUCUUGUUCGGCUAUCUUAGAAAUAAUACCCCGUGUAUGUGGGCCAAUACCAGUGUCAUGCAGUACAGUUACUGUGACGAAAUGUCAAGCCGCCUUAAGGACACUGCAAGCCUUUCAGUUCUUUCGUCCAACCUGCCUUUGCAAAGAACCCGGCAUGGAUCCGGAUUGUAAUCAUUUUCGUGAUUUUCUCUUCGAUCAUCCAUGUGGUUUCGUGCUCAAGAAAGCCGAAAAGGAUCCAUAUCCCAUAGAUGCAUUGCCGACGUGCAAUCACGCACUGUCUGUGUGUCAGCAGGAGCGCAAAUGCCUCAAGCUUUUCGAGGACUUCAAGGCACAUUGUAAGGUGCGAGACAAUAAAUGCAAAAUGGAGAACAGAGAUGCUUGUCACGACUCGUGGACAAAUUUACGCCUCUCGCCCAUGUUCGGCUGUAUCUGUCCGAAUAAUCAUAUGAAAAAACGCUGUGAUCGUAUAUUUAAUAUAGUUAAUCACAAUCCGUGUGUGGAUAGAUUAAUAUUCUUCCCGGAUGGCGCCAUACCGAAAUUCAAACAAAAACAAAUACAAAAACAACACCACAAUGGCACAUCAUCAUCAACAGCGUCGUCGUCGUCGUCGUCGUCGAACUCAUUGAUAGCCGCCAAUGCCACCGGUCAACAACAGCUCUCGAACAACAUUUCCACCGACGAGGAAGAGGAGGACGACUAUGACGAUCGUAUACGCGCUGAAAUCUAUUCAAAUUAUCCGCACUACCUGCACCCGCCCUCGUGGGGUCUCAACAAUCCGUUGGUAUUGGCCUCGCACUCGCCGCACACCUACGACGACGAAGAUGAAUCGCUGCUGGAGGUGGGCGAUGAUGUGGCGACGCGUGGCCGUCAAAAGACCGAACAAAAGCAACAGUGGCAGCGCCAGCAAAUGACGCCUAAAGCUGAGAAGGAUGGACGCGGCAGUGCGGGCGCCGGCGGUGGCGCUGAUGGUGAUGAUGUUGAGGUUUCGCUGGACACCAUGAACACUGGUCGGCACUAUGCUGGUGUUGGCGGUGGUGUUGGUUUUGGUUUCGGUUCGUCCGGCGCGCGAGAUGAGUCCAUAACGGAGCUUAGCGGCAGCAGCAGCAGCGGCAGCAACAUAAUCACCAUUAGUAAUAGCAACCAUGGCAUGCACCAAAUGCACGAGUAUUUUGAUGGUUUCACUUAUACCACAUCACCCGCCACGGUUUCGGCACCAGAGUCGGCACUUCCGGCACCACCGACACAUCUGCACCAUAACAAAAAGCACCAAAAAACUGCAAUUUCAAGCACAAAUUCGCACAAAAGUAUACAUCUUAGCGACGAAAUAACCACCAGCAGAGACAAGUUAUCCCACCGUUCACGCACCUACAAGGGUGAUAGCAUGGAUGAAAGAGUCAGAAUAAUGGGCAUGGACGAUAAAUUGCAUCUGAAAAUGUUCGAAGAUAAUUUGGCGCUCAUUGAUACGCCGCUCAUAGCAUCAGCGACGAGCACCCACUACCCGGGCACGGUGUCCACCUCACUGCACACGCUGCACGGCAUACUCUUGUACCCGUUCAAUGUGAGCGACUUCCAGCCGCGGCACACAGCGACCGCCGGGCACGAGUCCAGCGCACUGGAUGUCAUCGACACCGGCAACUCGUACGGCUACGAAUCGGGCAAUGGACACAGCAGCGGCGGCGCACACGGUCACAGUCAUAGCGGUGGCGGCGUUUACUAUCAAAGUGGUCAGGAUGUCGAAGUGGACCUCUCAACGGAAAUAAUCAAGCAACACUUUCAGAGUACCUGCCACACAGCGUUGGACACUUGCCGGGAGGAUGUGUCAUGCUCGUCGUCCCUGCAGCCAAUGUUGAUGCAUUGUGAAAUGCACCGUUGCAAUCGCAAUGCAUGCAUGACAUCACUGCAAGCCUUCUACAAAGGUCCGCACGAGGAUUUGAAUUUGGACAUUGCCUUCUGCCUCUGCAAAAAAACAACGAAUCGUCACGACAUGUGCAUGAUUGCACAGGAAAAGCUUCAUCCAACGUGCGCACAAAGGCCGGCCGAUAACAGUAAUCAGCAGGGUUCAAAUGGCAUAUACUACCAUCCGCCGCCGUCCUGCCACUCAGUAGCGGAAAAUUGUAAAGAGGAUCGUGAGUGCAGGCUCAAACUGGAGUACUACGAACAGGCCUGUGCGGUGGACAGCGUAACAAAGAAGUGCGCGGGGCGUCCGAGCGGCUGUCGCACUGCCAUGAUUGGCAUACUCGGCACUAUGCUGCGCACCACUUGCGCCUGCCAAGGCACCGACCCACAGUAUCUAUACCAAUGCGUCGGCUGGCGGCGUCUGCUCUGGCUGAAUCCCUGCGUGGUUGAAGCUCAAAAGGAUUUUCACAUGAAGCGUCUCGCCGAGUUGGGUUAUCUAACGACUACAACUACUACGACUACAACAACCACGACAACAACAACACGCGCGCCACCGCCGCCACCACCGCCUCCGGUAUUGACUACAGUCACCACAACAACAACACAUCGCCAACCGCCCACUUCGCCGCGUCAAACGUCACGCAAGCAGACGACGCACAUCUUUCGUGGAUAUCCGCCAAAGGAAAAAUCGGAGCCCACAUCUAUGGAGGACAAUUAUAUCGAACAGCCCGAUUCGAUACCGUUGCACAGCGGAAAUGAUAAAAACGGAAACACCGGAAAUGGCGAUUAUCACAGCGGGAAGGGCAAGAGCAAUGGCAACGGCAACGGCCACGGCGCCGCCAGUAAUGCAGCAAAUGGCAAUGGCAGUGGCCGAGGUAACGGUAAUGGUAAUGGUGGCAAUGGCAGCGCCACUAGUGCCGCCGUCAAUGCGCCGCGUCACGGUAAAAAUGGCAAAAAUAACAAGAAUGGCAAAAACUCAAAGCACAACAACAACGGCAACGGCAAUGGUAUUGGUAAUGGUAAUGCCAACAAUGCGGCUAGCGCUGGUGCUGGUGUCGUGUACAUCAACGGCCACGAUAGUAGCGGUCAUGCUGCAGCUGCGGAAGCAACAGACGUGGACGCUGCCGUCGGCGCUGCACCGGGUAAUGGAAAUGAUUUUGGCGAUUUCGAUGAUCAAGUGAUUUCUGUGGAGCAAAUUCAAACAACGGAAUAUGCGGGCAACGGUGCAACAGAACCGCCAGCCACAACGACCACAACAGUGGCAACCACAACAACAACGCAAGCGCCAAGAAAUUGCGUGGUUCAACGUCCGCACCAGUCAGAUCAGUUAAUACGUGAAGGCUCUAGCAAGCGGAUCUACUCCUUGGACGAUGCCGAAUGCAGUGAAUUGUGCAGCUGCGGCGAAUCUCUAACGCUCACCUGUCAUGCUCUCUGCGUACCGUUUGCGCCCUGUCGCACCGCCUUGGCCUUCUACAGUCAUGCAUCGCCGGCAUAUCAGGCAUUCCGCGGCCGUUGCCUUUGUUACUCGGGCCGAUUUAUUUGUAUGAAGCCACCGCUAGGCGAAUACACGCUGCCAGGUGGUGUCUUCCUAUUACUUGGUUACAGCUCAGCCGAUGAAGCACUACUACGUCCACAUACAAAUCUCGGUGUGCAAGAUGCCGUGAGAGCAUUGCAACAAUAUGUUACGACACACAUAGACAACCAGACUCAGUGUACGCUAACGCUCUUCAAUAUGACCGAUGAGAACAUCAUAAUCGCAGCUCGCCUGCCACACGACGCCAAACUCAAAGCCAUCGAACUGCUGGGCAAAGAGAAGGAUGAAUGCACUUCGAUACUGAAGACCAUCAGCCACCACAUCAACACCGAGCACCACGAGCUGCAAUCCCACCGGCUGCUGAGCAUUUUCAAAAUGUCCGAAGUCGAAGUGGUUUGGCCCGAAAGCAGUCAAGCCGCUGCGCAGCUGCACAGUGGACCCGCUGCAUGCAUCCUGCCACUCACGCUGUUGUUGUAUACCGUUACAACAACGUUCACCGGUGAUGCCGCCAACAUGCUGCUGUUGUUGUUGGCGAGAGGUGUGUGGCAUAGCCAGAGUAGAGCAGCCGUAACAUGACCAAUGUCGCCAACGUAAUCGCAAGUAAGAAAUGCACAUUUCGAAAAGCAACAACAACAACAAAUUAAUAUAUGGUAGAGAUUAGUAAUUAAUUAAUAUUUGUACAUGCAUAAAUCGGUAAUAAGGGAAUUAAGAAAUACUCAAAGUAGUCAUAAAGCAGUAGUAAAUAACGGUAAUGGCUUACUGUUACAUAAGUAACGGCAAAGCAAGUGUUAUGAGUUUAUAAUUUAUAAUGCAUUUUUCUUUAAUUUCAAAAACCGUCGACAGUUAAGAAAAUGCGCAUUGAAACAAACAGAAAUAUACAUACCUACAUAUACAUAUAGUAAAUAGUCAUUUAUAUGGCAUGUACAUACAUACAUAUAUACAUACACAUAUGGAAAAUAUGCAUUAAUUGAGCAAGUAUUUGUAUGUGACGUUAAGUUAAAGGGCAUUUAAGCAUAGGCCUCCGUUAAGUUGAGCAUUAAGUAAGCAAGUGUGUGUGUGACUGUUAAUUCAAUUAAUUGAAAAGUUCGAAAAAUGUGUAAAUAUAAUAUAUAUUUAUAAUGUGUGGAGUGCCGUACCUAUAUAUAUAUGUAAAUAUAUAAACAUUUAUGUAUCAUAUUGGGAUAUAUGUUAAACCGUUAGCAGCUAAAGGUCGAUUCCAUGCUAAGUUAAGUUAGGUAAUUUGGGCAAAUUAGUUUAUGCGAAGCACAUGUUCAGACCGUUAUGUAUACAUGUAGUUAUGUAUAUUAGAUAGAAUAGUUGAGCAUACGAGUAUGUUUAAAUGUAUGUAGGUAUGAGAUCUCAAGCAAGAAUUUUAGUUCACGGUUCCAAAACCUGUCUGGAUUUAUAUCACUAUGUCUUAACUGUUAUUUUCGGACUACUCUCACUCAAAAAAUACUUUUAUGUAUUUGAGUAUAAUCAUCUAUAUAUAAAUACAUAUUAGGGUGGGUCAGAAAAUAUCAAGUUUGCAUUUUAUACUCUGAAAAAUUGUCGAGAAAACUUUCCAUCAAACAUGAGCUCUUAAUACUAAUAAGAAGGCCCUCCACUUUCCAGUGUCCUAUUUUGUCCUUACUAUUGGAAUUCAAAUUUGUAAUACAGUAUAUAUUAUUUGAAAAUGUGUUUACUCUCCUAAAUUUUUAGGAAACUGAAUUCUCUCCAAAAUGGUUUCAAAUAAUUUUUUCUGUUUUUGAUUUAUAAAGUACUUUUUUAAAGAAAAUACACAGAAAUUUCAAAAUUGUUAGUAAAUGUUUAUUAUUAUAUUCGAAAGAACAUUCGUUUGCAUUUACUUUUGGAAGAUUAUCUUUCUACGUCUCUGAUGGUCCAUCCGUUGAAUGCUAUUUUCGAUGACUCGUUCGAGUAUUUCGACUGGCGAACCUGGCCUGAAUCGAACGGGUUUGUCCGCAAAGACUUUAGACUUUACAUAACCCCACAGAAAAAUUCUAACGGUGUGAUAUUACACGAUAUUGGUAACCAAUCCACUGUCCCAGAACGUGAAAUUAUCUGUUCACCGAAGUGUUCUCUCAAUAAAUCCAUUAAUUGAUGCGAUGUAUGGGAGGUGGCGCCGUCAUCAGCAUUAUUUUUGAUGAAGUAUGGACCGGUGAUUCCAGUGGCCCACAAACCACACCAAACCAUUGUGUUUUCUGGAUUAAAUGCAGGUCUUGAACCUCUUGCUCUUAGUCCCAAAUGCGGCAAUUUCGCUUGCUUACAUACAUAUUGAGCCAGAAAUGAGCCUCAUCACUGAACAAAAUUUGGAUUGAAAACUUCGGAUUUUCUUAAAAUCAAGAGCCCAUAGAAUUCAAUAUAAGAUAUCGACGUAAAAUGCUCCAAGUUGUUCCAUACGUCAGUCCGACUUACUGCGAACGAAGCCGAAUCGACUCUUUAUGGUCUUGGUGUACACUCUCAGCGCUACGGCUGCUAUAUUUUCUUUACUGGAUCUCAAGAUGGAUAAAGAUGUUGCGAUUAGUAUGCUCAGUGGGCCGAUUAUGUUGACCAUAAGUUGAUCGAAGUGCGCGAAAGACAUUUACAGAACAUGAAUUUUUGUAAUAAAGUUGAACUAUUUGUAAAUGUUGUUAAGGCGUCAGUCUUUCCACGAUGAAAUGUCAAACAAUACUGAACAAAAAUAACAUGACAACUUGACAUGACUCACGCGUGAUCAAUAAAAAAAAGGCCAUUGAAAAAAGUACCUCUACCUGGAUCACCCGUUUUUAAAAGCUCAUGCUUGGAAUGAGUACUUCUUAAAUGUAUACCAAUAAUUUUUUCAGCGUAUAAAAUGACAAAAACAAAUUAUUGAUUUUUUUCCAACCACCUUAAUACAUAUCUAGGUAUAUAUAGAGGUACGUUUCAUAACAAUUGAACUACUUUUCUUUUAUUUACAUAAAAACUUAAAGAAAACCUCCGCUAUUAGUAGUUAAGAUCUUCAAAUGUUUAAUAAUGCGAACCCUUUAAGAAAAAUCUGUUUGGUUUUUCAGUCUGUUAUUUUUCAUUGAUUCAAAUGCUGCAUUUAACCCGCCAUCCUCUGAAACUAAGCAAUAUUUAUCUUGUGAUAUUGCAUAUCAAUUUCGCAUAUCAAUUUUGACUUUUGUCUUUUGAUCUUAGUACGCUUUUCUAAAAUUUGUUACAACCACAUAUUCUAUGCUACCGAAAUUAUACGAAAGAAAUACGUAUUAUUGAUGGUUAUAUUUUACUUAUACUUAUAUGUACAUAUAUACAUAAAUAUAUAAUUGUUUAUGAUAUAAUAGUUAUAAUAAAGGUUACAAAUAUUUGUACAUAAGUUCAUACAUAUAUAAUGAAAAACACAAUGAAUUUUUAUACAAACUGCUGUCUAUAUAAUAAACUAUUGGAAAAAUGAUAAUAAUACUCUUAAAGAAAAAACUAGCAUAAGCAGGCAUUUAGGACAGACAAACAUAAGGAAUAUUUGAACUUAAAAAGGUAUAAAAUGUAGAGAAGAAUAAGAGAAAAUGAGAGAAGAAGAACAAGAAAAUAAAAAUAAAAUAACAAAUGGCGGAAAUAACUAAAGAUUAAGAUUAAGUUUAUGAACUUCCGUCUCUUGUUGUUAGUUGAAAAUGUUUUUUUUUUUAUAAAAGGUAUUCAUAAGAUUAAUACUCUGCACUUUAUUUCAUUGAACGCUUAAAUCUUUGAGAACAGCUCGUUUAUCACUUCAUUUGCAUUAAAACAAUUUUUUUUGUAAAUAUUUUGGACAAAAAGUAGAAAGACUUUGUUCAUAAUUUUACAAUUACGUAUGUAUUCUUGGAAACACGAAACACUAAUGAUUAUUUUGAUGUGACUUUUGACAUAGAUGUCACUGAAUGUGAUACCAACCUUUGAAUAAGCAAACAUAAAAAACGCAUACGCAUAUACAACCUAGAAAAAUAAAAUAUUUCAACGAAUGGGUUUUCGCGCGAAAUUUCAAUUAAAAAGUCUUACUAUUUUUUGUCCACAGGCAGCGCACACAAUUAUUAUUUUCAAUAAAUACCAUCGUUAAUUCAAUAUAUUUUCAGUUAAAUCAUUAAUUUAUUUAUCAGCAUUCUCAUUCUUUGACGAAAACCACCAAUUUAUUUCUUUAAACCAUAAUAAAUUUUUUAUGCAACCAAUGUUAAUGAUUUCAAAGUGCAACAAGCGUUGAAAUACGACAGCUGUAACCGAUACGUUGUGGCCAACAUCCAUCUGUGGUCAAUUUAAAGUGUGUCAAUAAAUUUCAAUAAUAAUUCGUUCGCCAUGCACAGUGGCAAGGAAAAGUAUUUUAACGGUGGCGUGGAGUGAGUGAAGAAGCAAACUCUCAAAGCUGCUAAGCGUUUUCAACUAGUGUAACAAAAAUGACAAUUAUUCAAGAAUUUUUAAAGAAAAUUUAAAGACUUUUUUUCUAUUAUUUUGUUUUUUAUAUUUAUAAAAGAACUCAGUAGUAAUAUGAGUAAACAUUUAUUUACAAAGAAGUGCAUAUUUUGUUUUCAAGACACUGUAGCUUUUUUACUAUAAUAAUGUAUUUAAUUUCUCACUCAAUUACCUAUAUUAUAUGCUUUAUUUUGAUCAAUUAAAUUUAUUCAUAUGUAAAACUUGCGGUUCAUAUACAUUGUGACAGAGAAAUAUCGAAAAUUGCAAAUUAAACGCAAAAUAUUUAAUUAUUCAUCAAUAUUUAUUUUGUGGAACUCAAUGUUAUCCCCACCAGAUUUAAUACACUUAUGCCAUUUACCCAGGAAAUUUAAUUAAAAUUUCCGGUGCUUUCUUGUCACAAUUUAUUUUUAGUUUAAACAUUAAAGUAUGCAGUAGGUAAAAUAAUUAUUAUUUCAAUUAGUUGCUAUAGCAUGCUCUUUUAAUAUUUAUUAAAAGUUAACUUGAAAAUUAUGGGUGUCCCAAGCUAUAAGCUAGAUUUUUUUUUUUUCGAAAAUUAAAUCUCAUACCCUCAUUUCUUUUAAAUGAUUUUAUUAGCAUAAAUAAAAAAUAUUAUGCGAUUGAAUCAUGAUAACUUGUGCCGAUUUUAUACUGAACAUAAUAAAUACCAAGAUUUUUAGAAGUUAACGCUUAUUUAGUUAAUAAAACACUUUUAUACCCAAAACAUAUUUCUAUUUAAUAUUAAGUUCGUUUUUUACAGUCAGCAUAAAUAGUCCGAUGUUCGUAUAUGCAGCUUAAUAAGAAUUGCUUUUGCUUCUCCUCAACUGUAAUGAAUCCAAGAAAUUUAUGCACACUUCUCCGCUCUUUCCACGAUAUCCUUAACUCAGCCUUCAGCCCUCAUCACAGAAAAAUUCUUCUUGACCACUUGAAACGAAGGGGAAUAUGGCCAUAGAUGCCAUGCUUUGACGGUUUCACUUUGGUUAAAUUUUCAAACGUUUCUAUUUUAAUUUCUUACUCUACGUCGCCACCAAACAAAGAAAAGACAGUUAUUUCAUCGACUAAAUACCAUAGAUUGUGGCUUAAUUGCUGUGAAGCAACUUUCGAACGCUCUGUAACCAUUUUUUAAUAAGGAUAUUACAAAGAAAAAUCAAAUAUCGAACAGUGCCCUAUCCUCACUUUCAAUUUAGCGCUAAGAAGUGCUAUUCUCAGUGCAUAAAUCGCCACACCACAUAAAAUGUCACUGGGAGCUUAAAUAGUUUUCGAUGGACAUCGUUCCGAACCGCCUUAGCCUGUUCUCUUUCUGAUGAGUUGUAGUCUAAUCUUGACACAGCUAUCAAUUAAAUUUUAUUUUCAUAUGAAAUUGCUACCCGAAGACGUUCUUCAUUGGAUUUGCCACCAUCUAAAGCAAACCAUAAUUUGUGAACAGUCACAAACUCUGGCAUCAAAUUUUGUAAAUCAGUUUUAACGAAUUCCGUUAUUAAUUCUUUGAAUUGAGAACUUACUCAUAGGAAAUUCAUCAAUAUAAUAUGCAAGUGCCUCACUAGUAGGUUCAAGAACAUAUACAGUGUCUCUCAUAAUUUAAGGACGCCUGUCUAACCUGGCUACGCAUUUUAAAUGAAGUCUUUCCGUAUUGAUUUUUCUUCCUAUAAUUUGGGUUGCAAGCACUAUUUGUUCAUUAUUCUUGUUGUAAGGAUUCUAGGUUCAAACCACUAUCUGAGUUGAACAAAGGCGUCUUCUUGUAUUGGAUUAUUUAUUGAUUUCAUUGGGGUUAACUCUAGAAUACUUUUACAUCUUCGUUUCUCCUCCUCAGUAUUUUUCAGGCGUUGCCUUUCCAUCUUAUCGGACCAUUUUUAAGCAAAUCGGCGCCGGUAUCCUAAUCCUAUCAACACCAAAUUUAGUUUCCAAUUGUUUCAACGUGAUUCAAACAAAUUAAGGGAGUAUAAUACAAAAAAAAAGCUAAUCGGACACCCUAAUUUUACUUUAUUUUAUUUUAUUUUAUUUCAUUUUAAUUUAUUUAAUAUUAUUUGUUAAUUUUUUAUUUUCUUUAUUUUAUAUAUUAUAUAUGUAAUAUUAUUUGUUAAUUUUUUAUUUUAACUUAAGCAACUCGCUGUUGAGUUAAACAACCCAACCAAGGUUUUACAAGCAAAUACAAAUAUGUAAUAAAUGUAACGAAUAUGCGUAAAGUAAUGAGAAAAUUAUAAAAUUAAUAACAAAACAUAUCAAGUUGUACACCUAAAUAUUUACACGUAUACACAAACACACAAAUAUUACUUGUAUAUGAGCGUUUAAAUAUUGACAUAAAAACUUAACAAUUUAAUAUUGCUAUACGUUUAUUGUAUAUGUUAGUUAAAAGAAAACAGAAAAAACUAGUGGAACAAAUUAAAAAUUAAUUAUAAUAAUAUUGAGUUAGUCAAUAUUAACAAAAUAUUAAACAAGCAAGGGAUGAGUUCAUGGUAGAGCAGAUAGCAGACAGCAGACGGGCCCUCAAUAGUACGAUUAUUUUUAUAAUUUUAGCAGGAUAUAUUAACUAUUUUGAUAUAUCAUUAUUUCCAAUGACUGCUUUUUAAUAUAAAUUAUUAAAUUAUACUGUAAAUAUGUACAUAAAAAACUAUUUAAUUCAAAUGCUUGAAUGGAUAUGCGUACGUAUGUGCUAAAUAAUCAAAAGCUUGUAUAAAGUAGCUUUAUAUUAAAAAAUAUAUAAACUCUACUUAUAUGCCAUACUUUAGCUAAAAAGCUAUUAAAAUAUUAAAGAAGAAAACUUUUUUUCAACGGAUUAAAAUAAUAUUAUUUAUAUUUCAUUUGAGAGCGCAAUUUAAUGUUUACAAUAAAAAAUAGUAAUAAUAAUAAAACAAACAGAUAUUGCUAAAAGAGUCUACAUCGAAAAUUAGCUAUGAAGGUUGACAGCCACACAUUUUACUACUUUCACAGAUUGAAAGCUUCACUUCGUGUUAGCUCCUAGGAGGAACAGGUAUUCUCUAGAUCAAUGUUAUUUACUGAUAACGCUUCGGUAGUUUGCAGCUCAUUUUCAGACCAUGUGUGUAUGUCGUACUAUAUUUGGAAGCGCCUCGGCACUUCUCUCGUUCUGUUGGCCCAUUUUGAUUUGAAAGCUCGUCGUAUUCUUAUCCUUCUAGUGUUGUCUGAGGUUUGCUUUGCGCACUUAUCUCGUUUUGUUUGCUGUUCCCCUCUUUCAACAUGACAUAUGGUACUCUCCAUUUUAUCCGUUUCUUGCUCUAGUUGGCUGGAUGCCGUAAACUCAAGAAGAGCUGUUACUGUCGUUAAAAAAUUAAUGAUUAACCUGCGCUCGUACAUCUUGUGUCUAUUUUUGCCUUCAUCCAGUUCCUGUGCAGGCUACCGAUAAUGUAGAAGACCUCGUCUAGCUGAGAUACACCAUUUUCUAUUUCGGUACUUAUAUUGUUUUGCCUUAACGUGACUAACUUCAUCCGUUUGAGGGUAGCGCGACACAUUAGGAGCGCUUCGUCCUCUUGUACUCUCAUUUUCAAAAUGAACUCUUGCCUUGGAGAGUUUUAUACGUUUUAGCGGCAGAAAACAUUUCUGAAAUAAUUUCGAGGCAUGGUGGCGAGUUGACAAUCCUGUCUGACUGUCGUAAGAACGGAGGAUGUUUUAGGUCUUUUAAGGGUUUAUAUACAGUUAGAAGGCAGAAAAAAGGCGAAUUUUCCAUAAUUUUUUCUGAGAAAACUUUUAUUUUUAUUGAUUCAAAAUUUGUACACAUACUAUGGUAUCUUUUAACUGUAUUUAAGGUUUAGUAUUAGUAAAAAUAUUUAUUUGGAAAGGAACUAAAACUGAUCUCCGGGAGCUUCUAUCAAAAAAGACGUUUUGCGGUGACUACUGCAUCUCUAAAAUUUGGGACCAUUCAGAUUAGCUGUUUUCGAGUACAGUGGGUCACCAACUUUGAAACAACAUUUUGAGAAAAACGCGCCUAAAAUUUGAAAUGCACUUCAAAUUACUCUGAAAGGCCUUUUCAAAUUUUCAUGUAACUUCGAAAAUAUUCACCGGAGCAAUAUGAAACUUUCUGUGUGUAUUCUUAAGUAUACGUACAUUAAGGGGUCAGUAGGGUAAUCUUCUUCCAAAAUUUUUUUUUUUUUCAUUUUAUGUUCCCUUAUACAGAAACUCACUUUACCAUUGGAAGGUUUCGAAAAAAGCCCAAAAAUAAUAAUACCGCUCGACGUUCGGAGCGCUCGGCGUGUACAUCUCAAACUUUAAACGCGUUUUUCUCAAAACACACUUUUUUAACCUGGCGGACAUGAUUCCGGUCGAACUACUCAACCGAUUUGUUUAAUUUUUUUUAAUGUUCACAAAACGCCUGGCUAUCGUCCCUACUAUGACAAUGUUAUAACAAAAUUUAUGUAAAAAAAUAUGGGGAAAAAUUAAAAAAAAAAAAACGUUAAUUAUUUUUUUAUUUAUCAACAUUUUUUCAUGAUGCCAGUAGGAACCCUAACCAUUCACGUACUUUUUGAGAACAAAUUGAGUUUUUGUGUUUUAGAUGAUCCAAGCGUGAGAAAUCGUGUCCACCAGUGAAAAAACGCAUUUCAUUCACCCAGCCAUUUCUCCGACAGAUGUCAUCAAAAAAUUCCGAAACAAUUUUUUUAUACACUCCCCGAUAUACCUCAUGAUAUGUGAAAAAAGUUCUAUUGUAGAAUAAAAAUUUCUAUGAAAAAAAAAUAUCAAAAGAACUGGCCCGAUUACCCUACUGAUGCCUUAAGAAAAUAAAGUAGAAAAUUCGGUUAUUUGAAAAUUCUAACUGUAUUUAACCCCUUAAGCUGAACCUCCCUCUCGUGUCGCUUUUGAUCAGCGGCUGCUUUUUGGGUACUCGAAGCCAAACUAGAUAUUUAAUUCGUCAAACUUUAACCCUUGGUGGCCUGAGCUCAGCCUUUGAAUUUAAAUAAAAUUAAAAUAAAAUACAAUAAAAUAAAAUAAAAUAAAAUAAAUAUAAAAUAAAAUAAAAUAAAAUAAAAUAAAAUAAAAUAAAAUAAAAUAAUAUAAAAUAAAAUAAAAUAAAAUAAAAUAAAAUAAAAUAAAAUAAAAUAAAAUAAAAUAAAAUAAAAUAAAUAAAAUAAAAUAAAAUAAAAUAAAAUAAAAUAAAAUAAAAUUAAAUUAAAUUAAAUUAAAUAAAAUAAAAUAAAAUAAAAUAAAAUAAAAUAAAAUAAAAUUACAUUAAACAAAAUUUAACGAAAAUAAAUUAGACAAAACUAUUAAAACGGUAAACGAAAAAAGUUAAAUUAAAACUUGUUCUGGAAAUAAAAGAACAUAAACUUUAAAAUCAAAUAAAAUCUACAAAAAUUUUCUUUAAACUACAUUUUUAUUUCAAAUCGUGUAAAUUUAAAAUUCUGAAAACAACAACCAACGUGUAAAUAUUUGCGCAAACCAAAAAUAACCAAAUAGAUGAGUCAUAAAAAGUAAUACGUAGGUAUAAAUAAAAAAUGUUAUGCAGUUAUCAGGUGUUGAACAUUGUAAUCAGCUACUGAGCUAACAAAUCGAUAGAAAAUCCUGCAAACAAACACACACAAAUACAUACAUAUAAUCCAGUAUAACACAUACAACAAACAUGAACGCUUACCGUUAUUAAUAGAAAAAUACAAACGAUGUAUGUAUGUUUCACUAGCUUACCAAAAAGCAUACACAUGUACAUAUGUAUAACACACAUACAUAACAUAACAAGUAAAAGGCACAGAGACAUGUAAAUAAAUGCAUUUAACGUAAAUUGUACAGUUAAUACUUUAGUAUAGCGAAAGCGAAUAAAUCUAUUUGCCGCAUGACCAUUUAUCGUAGAAUGGCAACAAACUAACACACACACACACACACACACACAUGUGCAAACAAGAGCGUUAUUUUUGCUAAUAUAACAGCGAUGUGCAAGUGCAAACGCCGUUAUUAUCGCUUUGGCGGAUAUGUAACCGGAAACGGAAACGAUUGUGGCGACACUGCCAUUGUAAUGCGAAUAUCAAUAGCGGAUGUAUUUGAACACAAAAUCGGACGCAUGCAAAUACGCGUGCAUGAGCAUGCCUCUGUGUGUGUACGUGUGUGUGGGUGAGCAUGGAUGAGUGAAAGGUAUAUGCAUGCUGCAGCGUGUGCAUAACUUCCAAUGCAAAUCGAACAGGAAUUGUGUAAUGAAUUGAAAAACGCACGCGAAAUGCUUGAAUAAAUGAGCGAAAAUGCAAAGCGUUUGAAAAUUAUUGAAUGCGAAAAAAGCUAGAAAUGGUCACAAUCAUGAAAUUAAGUCUUCCUCAGCGCGAAAUCGUUUUCAUUGGCGAUAACUUUGCGUUUGUCAUUAACUAUGUAACUAGUAAAUUGCUUAAUUAUUAUGUAGUAUAUAUAUAAUUAUAUUAAAAAAACAAAAACAAAAACAUUUAUAGUUAAAAUAUAUGAAUUGAAAUUGCUUAAGCGCAAUUACGUAUAAAUAGCAGUUCGUUGAUAUAAAAAAAAAUAUAUAUAAUAUGCAUAUGCUUUUGUAUAUUAUAGAAAUCUUAUGGCAACUAACCACAUGCAUACACACACAUAUGUAAAACAGAUACUAAAAACUAAAACUAAAUAUAAAUUAAACUAAAUUUAAGCAACAAAUGUUUUAAGCAGCGCGAAUGGCAAACUUUUUGCAUGUGAAAAAUGUAUAGCCACACAUAUAUGCUAUCUAGUAUACAUACAUACUUGUUAGGGCUUAAUACAGCAAGCGGUAUAAACUAUAUAUACAUAGAUAUUUCUGAAACGCCGGAACUAAAAGUAAAACGUAACAACCACGCGCUUUAGCAAAAAAUAACAAAAAAAUACAGUUAGUACUAGUAUCCCCUGCUAUAGGCGCCUAAAUAUAUAUAAUAUAUAAAUAUAUAGAAAAUAACGCUUGCCAGCCAUAAAAUCACAAAAUUAUUGCAGCAACCUAAAAGGAGAGCAACUUUAAGCCGCUUUAAGACAACCCAUGUAAAUACAUAUAUACAAAUAUAUAUAUAUAUAUAUAUAUAUAUAUAUAUAAUAGCAAAAUAGCUUAUUGGACCGCUAAAGGAGUAAAGAAAAAGUAAAAACUAAAAACUAUAAUUAAAUAAAAUAGUAAUAACAAAAACAGCAAUUGAAAACGUUACAGUAGAAAUAUUAGACGAAUUUAAUAUGAUGAUGUGGUAAAUGAAUCGGAAUUUGUUAGCGCAAGUGUGAGCAAAAGCAAACUACUCAAUAUCCAAUAGCAACUAUUUAUAUAAUUAUAACUAUAAACGGUUUAUUCGAUAUUAAAGUAAAACUAAAAAACAAACUCAAAAAUAUAUACAUAUACAUCUAUAUAGUUACAUACAACAGCUCAACCAAAUAACAAGCGUUUAAACAAACGGCAACUAGACACUAAAAAAAUAUAUGAGUUACAAAACCAAACAGCAAAGAACAAAACCAAAAUGCGUAAGAGAAGUUGGAUGAUAGCAAAUAAUAAAUAAAAAUAUUACAAUUGCAUACUGAUAAAUCAAAUACGUUACGCACCUAUACAAAUGCAGACACACACGAACCCAAAUAUACAUCACAACAAUAAGAAUUGCAUUGUGACGCGCACAUACACACGUGAAAAUUAAAAAAAAAAGAAAUUUAAUUAAAUUUGUUCAAGGCGAUCACUUUUUUUCUACUUAAGUUCUAUGUUAUUUAUAAAAACACAAUUUGUUGUUGUUUUGUUUAAUAUUUAAAAUAUUAUAGCAGUUAUUUAAACAUUGAUUUAAAAAGCUUAGUACAGAAAUAAAGCUUUUGGAUUCGAACUAUAAUUUUUAAUGGAACUUUUAUCAUAUAUCCAAGCUUAAAAGCUCAUCUCUUAUGCAAACAAAAGCUUUCGAUUUUGAGAAGGAAAAACUUAGCUAUAAAAACAUUGAUUUAAAAAAUUUAAAAGGCUCACUUAGCACAGCUUGAAUAGUUUAGCUUGAAUUCGAACUCUAACUUUUCACGAGGCUUUCAUCAAAACUCAAAGCUUAAAAGGCUUAUCACUUAAUACAGAAUUCAAAGCUUUUGAAUUCGUACUCUAAUUUUUAAUGAAACUUUCAUCAAGUCUCAGAGCUUAAAAAACUUCUCUGUUAUGGAAUUGAAAGCUUUCAAUUUCGAGAAGGAGACAAUUUAGCUAUAACAAAAAACAUUGAUUCAAUUAACAAAGUUUAAAAAGCUCGCUUAGCAAAGAAAUAAGAGCUUUUCAACUCGAGAGAUUCCACCAAACUUCCACCAGAUUUCAAAUGUGAAUAAAUUUCGAAAGAUUUGUGUUCCAUAAGUGAAACAGCAAAAUUAUAAAAAACAGCAUUGAUUUUUAAAGCUUAAAAAGCUCACUUUGAUAAAAUUUAAAGCUUUUGAUUUCGAACUUUUGAGUUUUCAUACAAUUUUAAGCUUUGAUAUUAAAAAGCUCACUCAGCAUAUAGAUAGAGUUUUCAGUUCUAGAGUUUCAUUGACACUUUCAUCAGAUUGCAAAUGAGAAUCAACCACUAAUGAUUUAAAAGAAAGAGAAAUGAGAAAGCACAAUCUUAACCACAAACAUUAAUUCUUGAAGCUUAAAACUAUCACUUAGUAUAGAGUUUCAAGCUUUCAAAAUUCAAACUCUAGUUUUCAGGCAACUUUUAUCAGAUUUCAAAGCUUAAAAAGUUCACAUCGCAUAUAGAUAAAAGCUUCUGAAAGUGAAAGUUUCUAUGAAACUUUCAACAGAUUUCAAAUGAAAAUAAACUAAGAGAGCUUUAGAAGGAAACGCAAGUGAGAAAGCACAAUUAUAACAAAAAACAUUAAUUUUUAAAGCUUAAGAAUUCACUUAGUACAGAAAUCAAAGCUUUAAAUUUGAGCUUUCAAGUUUUCAUGCAACUUUAGUCAACUUAGCAUAUAUGUAAAAACUUUUGAAUAUGAGAAUAUGAUAUCUAAUUUUGAUACUUCAUCUAGUCUUUUGGACGGCCAAGCUCCUAGAUGUCUAAGGCAAGUUCUAGAAAUCUUGGCCAGAAGCAUAGGAUAUGUUCCAGUAUCUUUCUCAUGCCCACUUCCCUACACUUUUAGUAUGUAUCGUCAUGACCUACCCGCCAAAUCGGCAUGUGAGUGAGUAGGUUAUGACCAGAGACUUGGCCAACCACCCUUCUGCAGUCUUUUCACUUAAAAAUAGUGUUUAAAAUAGGCAAGAACCACGUAACUAUGCAUAUACCCAGCUACCCAGAAAGAUUUAUAAUCUUAAUAAAACGAGACCUAUUUAAAAAAAUACAACAUAUGGUAUUUCAACAACAAAGUAUAAAGAAUGGCAGUAGGUUUCGAGGUAAAAACAAUUUUAUAUUUUCGAGACUUUCAAAAACUUUUAGUAUAAUUUUCAAAUGUUUCAAAAGAGCAACUUAGCCUGCUUAAUUUUGAAAAAUAGUUGAGUAAUAUUUGAAAAUAUAAAUUUAGAUAACAUUUGCGCGAGUCUAUUGAAACUAUAAACAUUUUAGAAAAAAAUCGAGACAAAUUCUGAGUUUGCCUAAAUCUGCCACUAUUUUUUCUCACUAAUUUAAAAAUCAUAAAAUUUUUCUUAAUUUUUUUAAUUUGUUUUAUUAUUGUUUUUUUUUAAUUACUGCCUAAUUUUUAUUUUUAAAUCAUGUAAUAUUAAAAAAACACCAGUCGCACACAUAUACAGAGAGAAACACAUCACAAGCACAAGAACCACAACACACACACAUAGACACUUAAGAUAUUAACAACAAAAAAAAAAACAAAUAGUAAAAAAUAAAAAAUAAAAAAGUUAGGAAGGAAGCAAAAUAGUGAAUCCGUUAGAGAUUUCUAAUUAAGUUGGCUUUAAUUACUAAGAUGAAACCUAAGAAAGUGUAUGGCGAAUUGUGUAAGUGACAAAAAGUAAAUAGACGUAAAGAAAAUGCAUAAAAUGAAAUAAAUAACUAAUGGUCAAUAUAAACAAAAUAAAAACGAAAA